AUGGAAACGAAAACACAAACCAUCUCGGCCUCGCCUCAAAAGAGCCAUAGCAGCACCCCCCUUCGACGCAAAAAAGCCCGUCGAUACCACAAAACGUCGCCCAAGAAACGCACUCCCACCCCCCGAAGCUCUCCCUACCGCUGCUCAAAGUCGCCCCGGAAAGUCAACCAGCCACUGAUGAGACUAUGGGGAGACGAGGAUGAUGGCGAGCGGCUCGUAUACAGUACGAUCUUGGACAGCAUGGAGGAGGAGAAGAGGAGAUAUCUGGGCAGCCAGCGGUGGAACGAGCUUGAAGAGCGGCUGUUUGAGAUUCUAUUCCUGCGACAGGAGAUUCCGCUCUUGCCGCUGCACUGGGAGGUUGAUUUCCGGGGUGUUCCUGUUUCGGGGGAUUUGUUUUGUUGGAGGGAGGGGGUGAAGCCGAUUGUGUAUGCGCACACGAGUGGACUGGGCGGGUUUCGAGCAACUUCGGCGCUGACACGACUCAUCGACCUCACUGCCAACGUCCGCACGACCUGCCAGUCGGGUCUACGCCAAAAGGUGCCCCAAAAGAUUAAGAAAGCCUUGGAUAACUACCUCAGCUGGGCUGCUGAGGAUGGAGGCUACAGCCAUCUUAAAUACACCCCCAACACCAUAGUCGAGGUCGUCGAUAGGAACGGCGAAGGGUCUACGUUGGCGGCUUUUAUCGAGACACGCAUGAGGGAGCUGGCACGAGCACACCGAGAGCUGCUCGCCAUCAAAACAGACGAGGGAAUUUAUUCAACUGACAUGGAUGUAGACAAGGAGGUCGACACGCAAAUCAAGACUGAAGCAGAGGCCUCCGUCGAGCAGCAGUCCGGUGGCAGAAGAAGCAGAUCGUGGAGGACAUUUGGCUCACGAAUUAUGAGUAGACUGUUCCAACUACUGCGGCGGCCCGUCAUAAAGCCAGAAUCCCAUGGAGAAACAUCCGUCAUUAACAGCGGGGAUGAUGAGCCAAAGACUAGACAAGGUAACGACCACGCAAGGAGCAGAGUAUACGUGAAGCGAGAGGAAGAAGAAGAAAUCGCAAUCAAGCCAGAACUGUUUGACAAUUCAGACGACGACAUCACAAUGGCAGACAUCCCCAUGGCUUCAACAACAACGCUCCACUUAUCAGCCCCUCCAACAUCAUAUAUUCGUCCACCACCCGUCGUGUUUGGCUUCUUUAUAGUUGCCACUUCUGUCAUCUUGCUCACCACAGACGCUUCAAAAGAAGACGCCGACAUGAUUAUCAACUUUCACGUAGAUAUGGACUUCCAGAACCGCAGCCUAGGCGUGUGGAAUGCCUUGACGGUGGCGAUUGCGACGUGUCUUGCGAGGGACGACAUGAUGAAGAGGAUGGGGGAUUUUGAGGAGGAGGGAGUUGUUGAGGAGAGUGAUCCGGAUGCUUGA